AUGUCCGUCAAGACUUCAAGGCAGGAGCUCGUAACAUCAGCUCGCGGACAUCCUUUUGAUAUCCCGCACGAACCGUGGUGUAGUAGUUCUGACAGUGACUCGGAUACCUCUGACAGUGAUCCUAAUGGUCCUUCAGACCCGGAUAGUUCAGACUCGGAGUCUAGUUCAUCCUAUGACUCUGGAAGGUGCCAUCACAAGAGGAAAAGGCAUUCCAAAAAGAAGAUGCUCUUGAAACCAGUCCCACCAGAACCAUAUGAUGGAUCGCCAGAUGUCAGGGCAAUAAUUAAAUUUGUCACUGAAGCCAUGGCCUACCUUUGUGAUGGACAAGUACCACACAAUCGUCGGGUAUUCAGAAUCUCGAAAUAUCUGACUGGCAAGGCAUAUCAAUUCUAUUUGAGUGUGGUAGCUAAUGCCCCAUUCGAUUGGCGCAUCCAAAAGUUCUUUACGGAAUUAUACAAUUACUGUUUCCCUCUUACCUACCGGUUAGAUCAGCGCCGAAAAUUGAAAAGGUCAUUCCAAAAUGACAAACCAGUUCGUGAUUAUCUCGCUGAACUGAAUGACCUAUUCAAUAUGGUUGGACUCAUUGAUGAGCGGGAAAAAGUGCACAAGCUCUGGUCCGGACUCACUCGGAAAAUUCAAAAGGGAUUAUGGCGUGAGAAAUUGAAUCCGGAAAUCUCAUCUUAUGAGGAUGUUGCACGCGCCGCUGAAUUGAUUGAAAUUAUCGAAAAUGUGGAUACUGGUCCUGAGCCUGGAAGUAAUAAUAAGAAGAAGGAACAUAAAUCCUCUUCCAGUAACCAACCUUCCUCCUCAAAAGCCAACCAGAUCCACAGAUCCAAUAAUCAGGGACCGAAAAAUCCUAAUUCCCAGCAGGAUCGUGGCUCAGGACAGGCCAAAUAUGAAAUCCGAAAAAGCGGACAAGGUCAGCAGGGUCAGAAAGGCCGUCAGACCCGAGAAUUCCGAAAGCGAGAGCUUACGGAUAAGGAAAAAGACGAGUACCGGGCCGCAGGAAAAUGUUUCCGUUGCGGAAAAAUCGGACAUAUGAGCCGAAAUUGCACCGACAACCGUACAGUGUCUAACGGAAAUAAUAACCGUCCUCCCGGAUUCCAUGUAACAAGCAAUAAUAUUGAGUUUGAUGAAGGUUUGCGUGAACUUGCUGACACCACAGCUGAAAUCACUGAGCUUGGUGUAGGAAUGAUGGCAUGGGACAUUAUUAGCGAACCCAGCGACUCCGAAUGGGAAAACUGUACAUUUUCGGAAAGUGGCACGCAUUCAUCAAUGCCGAGCCUUCAAACUAUACUAUCCGAAAGUGAUCCCGAGUCAACGGCAUCAUCCCUUGUAAUAGGACGCCGUGCGUACAGCUGUGUGGACUACGAAUAUGUUCCCCCAGAAACUCGGCGAGAGUAUUGUCCGGAAUAUCUGCACAAUGAAUUAAACAAUGACUAUUAUGGGUUUGAAACUGAUGACGCACCAAAUAUGUUUGGAGACCCACUUGCGACACGUGCCCGCUAUUGGCUAGAUCUAAUUGCACCAUACCCGGGUGAUGUGCCUGGGGACCACGAAACCGAAUUUUUGGGCCGCUUCACUGUGUAUCAAAUUUCGGAUGAACUCUACUGUAUUGAGGAUAGUAGGUAUGAUGGACUUACUUUCCCUCACUGUGAAACUCCUCAAUGGCUCUACCUUGAAGUCAGUAAACUUGAGGAUCCUGAAUUUAGGAUUGGUGAAUGGUAUGCUCGAGAAAGGUCAAUAAUGUUUGACAUACCAUUGGACCUGGACCGAUAUGGCAAUAUGGGCCAAAUGGAGAAUGCCAUCGCUGAUGCUAUCGAAAAGGCAUUGGCAAUGGGUGGGCCAUAUCCGGGGGACACUCCAUAUGCGGAAUCCCUUGAUCCUUCCUCUCGGUUCUAUGUCACUAAGGCGGGACCCGAAAAAUACUCAAUUUGGGACUGGUGUUAUGAUACCCGAUAUGGACUUGAUGCUAAAUUAUUGAAAACCAGACGGUUCGACAUUAUCCGGUGGUACAAAAAGCAAGUUUCCCAUGAGUUUCGUAACACACGCCUUUGGUUACUCGAAAAUUGCCAAGAGCCUUUAUUGAGUUCAGUGUUUGAAGACACAUACUGUUUCUCCUCAGAUGACUAUGAGGUAGACUCAUUAGAAUUAAAUGGUGUACAAGUGGCAAGGGGGACCUACCCAGUGUCAGGCCUGAUUUGA